CAGGAAAUAUGUAGAUCACAUGAUCACAUCAGUUUCCUGUUUACUACUGGCCCUGGUUAAAGUUCCUUAGCUAUAUCCAACACGGAUAGAGUUCAUUUCAGCAUUACAAACUGCUCGUCUUUAUACCUUUACACACCCGACAGUUUUGUCUCUGUAGGUUUUGUCUCCAGAUCGAACUCAAGUUGAUUAUAAAACUCAAGGAUAAAAAGCGUGUGAAGACUUAAAAUUGUGUGGAUUUCCUGUGAUUGGUGACCGGGUGUUGUGAUUAUUUUGUGGCAUGCGGUGUUUUGACGUGAGUGCUGGAAAAGAAACGUCACGCCGAAACGGGGGUUUCAUUACAAAUGAAUUGCAAAACUCUUUCUUUUUGUUGAUUGGAGAGUACCGUCGGUAACGGGUUAUUUUGAUUACCAGUACUGUGGAGGGGAGUCAUCCCGCCAGGACCCUAAACUCGGGACGCGUCACCGGCCCCGGCGAAUUAAAGCGGGCGGUAAGGAAAAAGCUUGCCCUGAAGGGAUGGCCUGGAGGAUCCUCUCGGACCCAGGGAACUGCGCUAUUUAAGGAAGGCCGGGUUCGAAUCGAGCAGAAGGCGGAUGACGGCUCGAAAAUGGCUAGCCGGACCGAGGAGAUAACCGAUCUGAUCUAUGUGUUCUCAAAGAGUCAGUACAGAGCAAAGGAGGUCACCCCGUCGGUAGAGAGAAUAGAGGAGCACUGUUUGGAGCUGUUUGACCGGGACUACAAGUACAGUAUCAUCCACAACACCAAUGGGGAGGUGUGUGGUCACUACCCACGGAAGAUUGUGUUUCUGGAAUAUGAAUCUUCAGACAGCAAUAAAGAGAGCUUUGAGAGUACUGUGCAGAUCAGUAAAUUGCAGGAUCUGGUGAACCGUAGUAAGAUGGCUCGCUGUAGAGGGAGAUUUGUCUGUCCAGUCAUCCUCUACAAUGGAAAGCAUGUGUGUCGAUCAUCCACACUAGCAGGUUGGGGUGAACUUUAUGGACGCACUGGAUACAACUACAUUUUUUCAGGGGGUUCAGAUGACACCUUUGGUGAUGCUGAAGAGGUUCUGGAGGAUGACUGUGCAGUUGGGAAUAAUGAUUCACAGUUGUUUGAUAAGGUUAGGGGCUCUGACAUUAAGCUGUUGAAGUACUUGUCUGUACGCUACAUCUGUGACCUCAUGGUAGAGAAAAAGAAGGUCAAGUUUGGCCUCAAUGUGACUUCCUCAGAAAAGGUGGAUAAGGCCCACCGUUAUGCUGACUUUACCCUACUCUCUGUGCCUUAUCCAGGAUGUGAAUUCUUCAGGGAAUAUAAAGACAGAGAUUACACAGCAGAAGGGCUUGUCUUCAACUGGAAUCAGGACUAUGUGGAUGCUCCUUUGACAAUCCCUGAUUUCUUUACUAGAAACCUCAACAUCAACUGGAGUGAAUAUCGGUCAUGGGACCUGGUGCAGCAGACUCAGAACUACCUGAAACUGCUUUUACACAUCAUCAACUCUGAUGAUGAGAACGGUUUACUGGUGCACUGUAUAUCAGGCUGGGACAGGACACCUCUCUUUGUAUCCCUGCUCAGACUUUCUUUGUGGGCGGACCGUGCAGUUCAUGCCAGUCUAGAGCCGUCUGAGAUCCUUUACCUGACUAUCGCAUAUGACUGGUUUCUUUUUGGUCACAUGUUGCCUGAUCGGCUCUCUAAGGGGGAGGAGAUUUUCUUUUUCUGCUUCAAUUUUCUGAAGCAUAUUGUUUGUGACACAUUUUCAGUCAUAAAAAAACAAAGAAGAAAAAAUUCUCAGUUCAAAGAUGCUGACUUCACAGUCGAUGACAUCUUCCAGUUAAAGUCCAGAGAUCGGGGUAGUGUGACAAGUUUGAGCAGUGAUUUCUCUCUCAUCACAGAAGAUACAUCUGCUCCCUCCGGUCUACAUGCAGAAGCCACAGACCUGACUACCAGUGGACCACAGAUUUCUAAUGUUGUUUAUCACAGGAGGAAAGGCAUGCCAUUGUCUUCUCAUUCUGUGCAUUGGAAACGACAGAUUCCUUCAGAGGAGCGAAUGCCUAAUGUAAAGUCCUCAAGCUCCUCCUCAUCCAACCACUCAGAUCAAAAUGUUACAUGGACAGGAAGUACCCCAUUAGCUGUACCAGGAAGAAGGCCAAUAGUGGAAUAUGCUCGGCCAGGCUCCUCGAUGUCCACAGAUUAUGGCAGUUGGCAAAUUGUCUCAGGAUGUGGGAGCAUCCAUGAUCUUCCCCCAGUGCCCUCAGAGUCUCCUCUGCCAUUCAGCUUCCAGGAUGAGGGUCCCAGCGGACGAAUGUGCACAUUUGUACCUGACAGGCAAGUGAGGUUGGAGGCAGUGAGGGAGUUGUUCCUUGCAGCCUAUAGCUCUACAGUAGGACUCAAGUCAUCAUCUCCAAGCCCCUCUGGUGCCAUCUCAGGCCUGCUGGAGCAGUUUGCCCGUGGUGUUGGCCUUCGUGGCACUAAUGCCAUUAUCUGAGACUUCCAUUGUUGUACCCAUAAUUUUCACUCGAUUUUUACACACCCACAGGACUUUUCAUGUCAUCUUUUUUUUCUCCUCUGCAUCUUAAUGUUGCACCAUAUCUACCACAUCAGGAGUACCUGAUUUAUUGGUGAAGCUGUACAGUGUAUUUCAUCCCCUUUUCCAUCUCUCACCCCCUAGCAGCUCCUCUCUUCUCUUCUCACGCUUAUUGUCUGCUCCCACUUAUUCCAGUGUAAUCAUCUUCCUGCAAAAAAAGAGUGCCAAAUCUAAAUACAGGGCUACAUUAAACUGACUGUUUUUUCUUUUGCUUUAUGUUCUCUACAGAGCAAAUAAUACAGUACAUCCAUUUGUUUUCUGAUUUAGAUUUAAUUUUUGCUGUCUUUCGUCUUUCUCUUACUUGUUUGUACUGUAAUUGGGAAGAAUAGAGAGAGGAAGGAAAGGGAAAAUUAUCAAAAAAAUUAAAAAUGCUUAAAAUUAUACUUCUUGGAACAUAAAGGUGAUUGUAAUUGAGGAAAAUGAUUUAUUCACCCAUUUUAAUGGCUUGUUUUAUUUUAGUUGCUGACUGUGUUAUACACUUAAAAGACAUUUCUCUUGAAAUGGUUUUAGUGAUUAACUGCUUUUUAGACCUUAAGGAUUUGAAAUAAGCCUAAAGACAGUCAGUUGUUUUGUGGUAGUUUUAGAAAUGACAAGAGUUUGGACAGUGGUAAUGUAAGACAAUUUCAUUGUUCUUUUAAUUGACACUUUUUAAAAUUAUUUAAUGUGAGUGAGUGUUAUGAAUUCAAUUCACUUUUGUUGUCUCUAGAUUCUUUUUAAACUGCAUCACUCAAGUAUAUAAAACUGUAAAGUUUAAUUUAAUCAGAGCUAAUCUAUACAGAACAGCAUAUAGUCCAUGUCCUGCACUCAUUUUUACUUGUCGUUUUGUCAUUUUAUAUAUACCAUUUUUUUUUUUUUUUUUUUUUUUUUUUUUUACUUUUUACUUCUGAAUGAUUUAGGGUAAAUGCUUCAGAAUAACUGAUUUGCCUUGGCAGUAUAUACUGAUGAAUGGUUAUAAGGUUACACUUGAAUUCAAGGCUUGAAAACGUGGAAUUUGUAGUAUUUUGGACAUAACGCCAUUGUGGCCUUGUUACCUUAGGGCCUUUUAUUGUGCCUUUUGUUCUUAAGGAGAAACAAUUCUGUUUUCAUGCACAGCUGUAAUAUCUUGCUUUUAGAUUUAAAACCAUACCUUGCUAUAUACAUGUUUCUCUUUUUGUUAGCUUAUGACAGAACCAGUGUGUACUGUAGCAGCUUCCAGUGUUGGGCAAAAUUCAGACUUAAAUUCAGACUAUACAAACUCCUUGUCAAUUCAUGUUUGAUUUUUGGAAUCAAGCACAAAAGUUGCAGAUCUGUUAAUAAGUACAUUUAAUUGGCUAACAUACCAAUGAUAAUUUUAUGUUUUAGUGUUUCAAUACAAUACAAAUGCCUGUAACUCGUUUAUACAUUAUGUGGCACUGUUAAGUUGAUAAUUUCAGGGUUAUGGUUGCUUGCAAAUUUUCAUGCCAUUGUCCCAAAGCAAUGCUUUACAUGCUUUUUUGACAUCUUGCCAUCAUUUUUUUUUUUUUUUUUUUUUUUGACGUGUUAUGUGAGAACAGUUUAUUCAAAAACCUGAAUGGUCAUGUGAAUGGUUUGAUGUAUCAACAAGCUUUUAUAAUUUUUGGUCAGCAUGGACUAAAGAUGGUCUGAGUCAAAUUUAAUGAAGAUCUGAUAAACACCUUAGGAGGAGUACCCAAACACGCUCUAUUAAACUAAGCAAAAAGAAACCCAGGGGUUCUACCCCCAGAGAUCAUCAUGCCUCUACACUGUUAGUGUACCACCAUCACCAAAAUAAUGUACAUUUACAGAAAGAAAAACCUCACCUAAAAAUGGUUCUACUAAAAACUACUUUUAUUUUAUUUUGAUAAGUAUGGGUUGGUCAAGUAAUGCACCCUGGUUCCCUCAACAAAAGCCAGUAGGAAUUUUGCCUUUUGGAUUAUUGUAGAUAAUAAGCUCUGCAACCAACAAAAGCUUGAUUCUUAUAUCUUUUGCAAUCACAAUAUUCCUCACAAAUUAAGACAAUUUUUAUGAUUUAUACAUUUUAAAACCUGAAUGCAACUGCCAGAAGUAAAGACCAAAAGUUUGGCUAUAAAUAAAGCCAAUUUUUACAUGACUUAAAUGUCAUCACCACUAAGCUUCUGACAAAUAUUCCAGUCUUUAUUAAAAAUGUAAAAGUUGAAAAGUUGAGCAUAAACACAAAAAGGCUGUAAAAGCGAGUACAUUUGUUUUCCUGUUUGCCAUGAUUGUGUUUGAUGUCCCCAACAACUUCUUUAGUUCUAUUUAGCCACUGCUUUUUUUUUUUUUAAAGAGACUAAAGCUUAAAAAAAAAACUCAUGAUUGUGGUAUUGAUGUAUUUUAUGUUGUAGAAUACAACAUUAAAAUAUCUGUUAACCACAUACCUUAAUUAAUUUCUGGGAUUUAAGACUCAUUCCUGCUGCACUCCAUAGGUGAUGAGUAGUGGAAUCAAAUUUAUGAUAAUUUUGAUGAUAUUUUCUGGUAUCUGUUUGAUGGUCAAUUUUGUCAGAAACACAUUUGUCCUUCACAUGCUGCUGUAUUUUAACUUCUGGUCCUUGAACACUUCAAAACUGAAGUCUUAAAAUUACCCUUUCUAAACUGUAAUUUAUCCAUUAUGAUGGAAAUAACAAUGAAAAAAAAACUUUGUUGAGGAAUUUAAAAACAUUUGUAGUACAAUUAUGAUAAAUAUAAAAAUAAAAAAAAUUGAGUAAUUUUUAAUAGGCCAUGUGGUGCGACAAUCCUAAACUGCAUUCUUAUUUGCAUCAUCCCUUCUUGUUGAAGUUCACUGCACUUGACUAAAGGCAUUUAUUUGAACACACUGUUGCUUCAUCAACCACAGACAAAAUUUUAGUUAUACAUGCUACUGGAGUUGGGGGCAUGAUGUAUGUCAGGGGUACUUGUUUUUAUUAAACAUUAAUGUAAUCUGUCAUAUCCAAAAGGCCUAAAUUGAGUGAUAAUUGCCUGUUGUGAUUUUAAUAUGAAAAUAACAUGAUUUGGUUAUACUGAAUGUGUAUUCUUACGUGACCUAUAAUCAUAAUAGUUGUAUUAUAACUGUUGCAUCACAUCUACUUAGCCAUGAAUGAAGCACACCAGGAACUAAUUAAACUCAAUAAAAACACUGGAGUCUCACUAA